AUGGCAGCAGCUCCUCAAGCUCUGCUCUGCUACUCCUCCUCCAAUUCCAAAUCCUUGUUUGCCUUUUACCCAAAACCAUCAAUCUCUCACCAACUCCACAACAAAAGUAAACCAAAAAAUUGUUGGCUUGCACCAAGACCUCUUCUCUUAGAUAAGAGAAAUGCCUUGAAUUUUAAUUGCCACGCGGCUCGCCGCAAACGCAACAUCUACAACACUGCCGUUUCCUCUGAUAUUAAGGGCAAUGCAACAAAAUUGCUUCAAAUAAUACUAUGGUCUUUUGAAGGUGUUUACAUUUUAUGGCUCUUUCUGCUUCCUUAUGCCCCUGGAGAUCCAGUGUGGGCUAUUAGUAAUGACACUAUUAAUUCUCUCGUUGGACUUUCUCUCAAUUUCUUCUUCAUCUUGCCUUUCAUCAAUUCUGUUGGCAUACAUGCUGUUGAUGCCCCCGUACUUCAUCCUAUGUCUGAAGGAUUAUUCAACUUUGUUAUUGGAUGGACCUUCAUGUUUGCCCCUUUGCUCUUCACUGAUUCUAGGAAGGAUAGGUACAAAGGGUCUCUAGACGUUUUAUGGGGCCUCCAGAUGUUCCUCACUAACACGUUUUUAAUACCUUAUAUGGCUAUCCGGCUAAAUGAGGCUGAUUCAGAGUCCGUUCCACAAAAACGCUCCCAACUCGGCACCGUGAUGACAGAUGGUGCACCCAUUGUAGGACUGAUUGGUGGAUUUGCAUGUCUGGUAUCUAUAUUGUGGGCUCUUUAUGGCAGAAUGGAUGGUAAUUUUGGGAGCUUAACAGAAAGAGGGGAAUUCUUGAUUAGUUACCUUGGAUCAGAGAGGCUCGCUUAUGCUUUCAUUUGGGAUAUAUGUUUUUACAUUCUCUUCCAGCCUUGGCUCAUAGGUGAUAAUUUACACAACAUUCAGAAAACUAAGAUCAAUAUUGUGAACUAUCUUAGAUUUGUUCCGGUUGUUGGUUUGGUGUCCUAUCUCCUCUGUUUGGAUCUUGACGAGGUGCAAUAGCUAUCUAUAUAUAGUUCUGUAAUGUAUGCAAGUACAUUCUGCAGGCUUUGAGCCAGUUAAAUAAAGAUUUUCCAUCUGUGUGUCUUUACUAGAAAGAAAAUGUACUGAAUUUUGUAGCAUAUUUGUUGUACUUGAACAAAUGGUGCUGCUCCAGUUCUAUGCAUUAGUGACUUCUCUUUAUGUUUACAGCA